UGGAAGGAUAAACCAGACCAGACGGAGCAGUAUUACACACCAGCACGUUGUUCGACGCACAAGCACUAAGGAGGGAACAACGCAACAACAACAUCGAAGUGACGAUUUGCGGAUUGCCUCACUGCGGAUACACAAAACCGAGUGCAGAAAAUGAAUAACAACGACCACAAGAGUGGGUCCCACCGGAAUUUACAACGACAGACGGAGAUUUCCGAAGAAAAAGAACAACUUCAUGCCCGCGGAAACGAGGAGGUACCGUCGGAUGAACCCUUCGAUCUGGACGAACUGCUACCGGUGAUCGGUGAGUUUGGACGCUACCAGAAGCUACUGCUGUGGCUGAUCUGUCUGCCGGCCUGCAUUCCGUGCGGGUUCUGUGCCUUCAACCAGCUCUUCAUGACGGACACACCGGAGCAGUACUGGUGCCGCGUGCCGGAGCUGGAAAACUUUACCACCGAGGAGCGAAGAAUGUACGCAAUUCCGAUGAUAGAGAGCGACGGGGUGGAAAGUUACAGCAAAUGUUCACGCUACGCAGUGGACUGGAAAGAGAUACUGAAUUACAGCGACACGGAUACGCUGGUGCCGAACGCUUCGUGGCCCACCGAACCCUGUCUCGAUGGCUGGGAGUACAACACGACCGUCGUCCAGUCAUCGAUAGUGAUCGAUUUUAACCUGGUCUGCGACUAUGACAUCUAUCCGACGCUUGGUCUGGUUGCCCUGAACACGGGCGGUCCGGUCGGGGUGUACCUGUUCGGGUUGCUGAACGAUCGUUCCGGACGCCGAAUAUCGUACUUCUCCUGCCUGGCCACGCUGCUCGCCGGUAGCUUCAUCACGGCGGCCAGCACCAACUUCUGGAUGUGGGCCUUCAGCCGCGUCAUUGUCGGGUUGACGAUCCCCGCCGUCUACCAGAUCCCGUUCAUCAUCGCGCUCGAGCUGGUCGGUCCAAACUACCGCUCGUUCGUCACCGUGAUGACCUGCACGUUUUACACCUUCGGCAUCAUGAUGCUGGCCGGUGUUACCUAUCUGGAGCGGGACUGGGUCGGACUGACGCUCUACACGUCCGUGCCUUUUCUGGUGUACUUCCUGUACCUGCUGGUCAUGCCCGAGUCACCCCGGUGGCUGCUGAUGAAGGGCAAGCUGGAGCAAGCGUUGGCGAUUCUGGAGAAGAUGGCCCGCGUCAAUGGGAAGCAGCUGCCCGAAAGCUUCCGGAAGCGACUCCAGGAGCGCGUCCUGGCGGAGAAAAGUCGCACCACGAAACGGGACGAACCGUCGAUCGGGGCGUUCGACCUGUGCAAGACGCCCAACAUGAGACUGAAAACCAUUCUGAUCACGCUGAACUGGUUCGCCAACGAGACCGUGUACCUGGGGCUGAGCUACUACGGUCCGUCGCUCGGGGAAAACCAGUACCUGAGCUUCUUUCUUUCGUCGCUGGUGGAAAUUCCCAGCUACAUCAUCUGCUGGAUCAUAAUGGACCGCUGGGGCCGCCGGUGGCCCAUGUGUUUGCUGAUGAUACUGAGCGGUAUAAGCUGUGUAGCUACGGUGGUCCUUUCGGAAGAUGCCGUCACGGAGACGCUCAUACUGUAUCUGCUGUCGAAGUCGAUGAUUUCGGCAUCGUUUCUCAUCAUUUAUCCAUUCGCGGGUGAGCUGUACCCGACGCAGGUCCGAGGGGUCGGCAUCGGGACCUCCAGCUACAUCGGUGGACUCGGACUAAUCGUGAUCCCGUUCAUCACCUAUCUGGGCAAAGAAAAUCUUCGAUUGCCGCUGGUGAUCAUGGGGUUCGUAUCGGUGCUCGGCGGGUUCACGGGCCUGCGGCUACCGGAAACGCUCCACCAUCGGCUUCCGCAGACGCUCGAGGAAGGUGAGCUGUUCGGGAAGGACUGGACGUUCGACGAGUGCUUCCGCUGUAUACCGAGCAAAAAGUCCCCGGCCGGAUCGUACGAAAACCUAUCGCAAGACCCUUCAGAUCCAACGCUGGAGCUCAACACGGGCGUACCGGUUAGUGCGGGAGUACCGGCGACUCCGGGUUCCAGCACCGAAAAGACACCGCUUGAAGUGGCCCGCAUGCGACGGCAGUCGAUGAAGCGUCUGGUGCGCCAGGCAAGCACGAUGGACACGCAAAAGACUAGGGACGGUGCCAUGCAGCUCACGUACUGGUUCUGAGCCGGGACCAACGGACUUCGGAACGAACCAAUGAAAGGCGGCACAU